AUGUUCCGCUCCGCCUUCAUUCGCUCGGCUCGCGCCGCCGCCCCUGCCAUCCGUCCUGCUACCCUCCAGCGCACCUUUGCCAGCAAGUCCGUCUUUGCUGCUGUCCCCCGCGCCUCCGUCGCUAUGGCUCCCCGUGCCCCCGCCAUCCAGUCCGUGAGGAUGUACUCUGCUGGUGGCGCCCUGAACAAGGAAGAGGUCGAGGGUCGCAUCAUGAGCCUUCUCCAGGGCUUCGACAAGGUCAACGACGCUUCCAACAUCAAGCCCUCCGCUCACUUUGCCAAUGACCUCGGUCUCGAUAGUCUUGACACCGUCGAGGUCGUCAUGGCCAUCGAAGAGGAGUUCAGUAUUGAGAUUCCCGACAAAGACGCCGACUCUAUCCACUCCAUCGAGCAAGCCGUCACCUACAUCCUCAACCAGCCCGACGCCGCGUAA